CUCCCCGGAGUUCCGGCGCCGCAGACUUGAGCGCUGGGCUGUCUGUCCUCCGAGGCAGGCGAGGCCUGAGGGCGGUGAAGUAGGCUCGGAGGCGGCCGCUUCUCUUCUGAAGGAAACGAGCGCGGGACAGGCCAGGUUCUGCGGACCAGAUCGAGGGCCUCAGGCCACUCCCGUCAGUCUCCAGAGGAGGCCUGUGAAGUGAACCGAAUCGCUGCUGCAGCUCUAAAAGCCAGGUUCUUUGAGGGGUUAACUCAAAUGAUUGAGGAGCUGCUGUGAAAUAAGCAUUUUUCUCUGUCUGCUGUGCAUACUGUCUCUUAAUCUUUGGAAAUGUCACGAACCAGCUUUGUGAUCCUUCACAGAAGGAUCUCUGGGUGUUAAUGAAAUACAACAUUGAAGAACUGCUCUUAGCUUCUGUGGACUCUGCUUCUCCAGCAAAUGACCCUUGAGAAAAACUAACCAGUUUCUUGCAAAUCUGAAAUCAUGGCUCAUGAUUUGGUGAUGUUCAGAGAUGUAACUGUAGACUUUUCUCAGGAAGAGUGGGAAUGUCUGAACUCAAAUCAGAGGAAUUUGUACAGAGAUGUGAUAUUAGAGAACUAUAGCAACCUGGUGUCACUGGGAGGAUGUUCCAUUUCUAAACCAGAUGUAAUUACUCUGUUAGAGCAAGGGAAAGAACCCUGGAUGGUUGUGAGGGAUGAGAAAAGAAGAUGGAGCCUAGAUUUGGAAUCCAGAUAUGACACUAAAAAGUUAUUUGAAGUAAAGGAUGUUUGUGAAAUGAAUGUAUCUCAGUGGGAGAUAAUGGAAAGAAUUAGAAGUUGUGGCCUUGAAGAUUCCUUUUUCAGGAAAGAUUGUGAAUAUAAAAAGUUUGAGGGACAGGAGGGUCCUCAGGAGGCGUAUUUCAGGCAAGUGAAAAAAACCACCUCUGAAAAAAUGCCCAAGAACAAAAAACGCACAUCUCUUACUCUGUAUCAGAGAAUUCACAAUAGAGAGAAACCCUAUGAAUGUGGGGAUUGUGGGAAGGCUUUUAGAGUACGCCAGCAACUCACUUUCCAUCAGAGAAUUCAUACUGGUGAGAAACCCUAUGAAUGUAAAGAAUGUGGAAAAGCCUUUAGACAGUGUGCCCACCUUAGUCGACAUCAGAGAAUUCAUGCUUCUGACAAACUCCUUGAAUGUAAAAGAUGUGGAAAAAUCUUUACAUGUGGUGCAGAUCUUCGUGUACAUCAGAGAAUUCAUGUUGGUGAGAAGCCCUAUGACUGUAAGGAAUGUGGGAAGGCCUUUAGAGUGCGAGGACAACUUAAUCUCCAUCAAAGGAUUCAUACUGGUGAGAAACCCUAUGAAUGUAAGGAAUGUGGGAAAACCUUUAGACAAUAUGCACACCUUACUCGACAUCAAAGACUUAAUAUUGCUGAGAAAUGCUAUGAAUGUAGGGAGUGUGGGCAGGCUUUUCUGUGUAGUACAGGCCUUAGAGUACAUCACAAACUUCAUACUGGUGAGAAACCCUAUGACUGUAAGGAGUGUGGGAAGGCCUUUAGAGUGCGGCAACAACUUACUCUCCAUCAGAGAAUUCAUACUGGCGAGAAACCCUAUGAUUGUAAGGAAUGUGGGAAGACCUUUAGUCGUGCCUAUCAUCUAACUCUCCAUCAGAGAAUUCAUACUGGUGAGAAACCUUAUGAAUGUAAGGAAUGUCAGAAGUUCUUUCGUCGUUACUCAGAACUUAUUUCACAUCAGGGUAUUCAUAUUGGAGAGAAACCCUAUGAUUGUAAGGAAUGUGGGAAGGCCUUCAGACUGUUCUCACAACUUACUCAACAUCAGAGUAUUCAUUUUGGUGAGAAACCUUAUAAGUGUAAGGAAUGUGAGAAGACUUUUAGACUGCUCUCCCAACUUACUCAACAUCAGAGUAUUCAUACUGGUGAGAAACCCUAUGACUGUAAGGAAUGUGGAAAGGCCUUUAGACUCCAUUCAUCACUUAUUCAACAUCAGAGAAUUCAUUCUGGUGAGAAACCGUACAAAUGUAAGGAAUGUAAGAAGGCAUUUAGACAACAUUCACAUCUUACUUACCAUCAGCGAGUUCAUAAGGUCACUAAAUAAUUAUUAGAAAACCAUCCAUUGUGAAUUUUGUGUUAAGGAGCAGUAUAAAAUAAAUUCUGGAGGAAAAGUGUUUGAAUGUAGGAAUCCCUUUUGCUUCAUGCUCAAAAUUAAAAUAAGAGGUUUUAAAAGAAUAGGUUAAUUUAAUGAAUACAUAGAAAUAUUUCAUCACCAUUCAAACCAUGUUAAACUUUAGGAAAUUCUUUCUAGAAAGAAACUCUCUUAAAGGAGUGAAUGUGGAAAAGCUUUUGAUCUUACCUGUUAUCACCUGUAUUCUUUCAUCUGUACAGUAUACCUGUGGAAGUUGCCAGGGCACCAACUCAUUCUGGAAAUUGAUAAAUAAAAGGAAGGAACUGUGA